GCUCCCAAUGACCACUUGCUAUACAGCAACCGGUCUCAGAUUAACUCGACUCUGAAAGCUUGUGAGGAUGCGCUGCACGAUGCCGAGACAGCAUGCAGGCUGCAGCCCUACUGGCUUAAAGGUCACUUAAGGAAAGGCCAGGCACUGGCUAAUCUAGGGAAAACAGAAGAAGCUUUAAGAGAGUUUCUGUUCUGCCUUGCUCUGGACAUGGGGAACAAGACGGCCAAGUCUGAGGCUCAGAAGCUUCUACUUAGUUUGUUUUCACUCAUCCCGGGAAAUGCUCAGGAACACUUACCCGAUAUCCUGCAGCUGUUGUCACAUCACUCUAGAUUAAAGGGGAACCUCCUAAGUUCAGUGGGAUCUGGAGGCACCAGCCAUGCCCUGCAGAGGUUGCUCAAGGUAAACGUGGAACAGAAAAAGGGCUUUCCUGUUCAAGAGGAACCAAACGUAACUAAUUCUGGCAGUUUAAGGAAGUCCAUGCAAACCACAGAGAGUAGAAAGGACUGCUCAGAGGAGGAGAACAAGCCCACCUCUGUCCCAGAGCCUGCCUUCCUUGUGUCUGAGAAGCGUGGUCUCCUGAAAAGGAAAGGCUGCUUGGAGGAGGCGAGGGCUGCAGAGGUGCCCUGCAAGCUCCUGAAGAAAGCUUGUAUUCCAACUUCUGCUUCUUUCCCCUUACUGCAGGCUAACCCUAACGGGCCAGCCUGGUGCUGGUGGGUCCUAGCUGUCCUUCCUCUUGAGAACAGAGCCCAGCUCCCUUUCCUUGCCAUGAAAUCCCUCAAAGACCGCUUGAAUGGCAUCAGACGUGUCCUUACAUUCAUGUCUCGUACAAGAUCACGGUGAUGGUGAGAAGGAGAGCUGUGAAGUCUCCCGCAGUACUUGACUGUAGAGUGUCUCUUGUAACUUCAUCUAACUGCAAUAAUGUCUUACAGAUUUGUGUCAGAAUGUUUCCAGCCUGAAUUUCAGAGAAAAUAAGUUAAAAGGAGCAAGGGAUGUUUAUGGUUACUUUAAUAGUUUCCAUUUGGAACUCAGUUUCUGAGAUGAUUAUUCAAUUACUGCACUGCUAAAUUAAUAACAAAUGUGAUAGAACAAAAAGUGAUCUUGUUUGCCAUAAACCUUUUAAAAAGCUUAAGAGGUCUUUUAAUUUAUUUUUUUGUAGUGGGUAAAGGGUGAACUGUGCAGUUUAAUGUGAAGCAGAAUUAAUAAUGUUUAUGCGUUAUUUCAAUGAACUGCGUGGUCUUUUCCAAUGGUUCAGGUUUUAUAUAGCAUUGUGUAUAACAAUGUUCACGACUUCCGUUUGAUAAUUUAUUUUUGCACUAUGAUUUUUUGUUUCAAAAUGUGUUAUUUAUGUGUUCAUCCUCUAUAGGAAAGUGAGCUGCUCUAUUUAUAGUGUUUUUAUCCUGUAUGUACAACUGGGGGGGGAGGGGGGAGAAAUGAUGAUUCUAGCAGUGCACAAAAAACUGCUUUGAUCAUUUUUCAGCUAUUUCUGUUCAAAUACUUCGAAUGUUUUUCUAUUUGUCCCCAGUCCUACUGUAGCCUAAGAAGGCUUUUUUCCUCCCAAAACAGCCUGCUGUGAUGUCUUUGAAUACGCAGACUGAGAGCUCAUGCACAGUUGGAUCUUGGCUCUCUGCUUGUAACUGUGGCUCUGAUAGUGCAGUGCAGCCAAGCGCAUCCUUAACCUGAGUGCAGGUGUCAAAGUGCUUGGCUAAGCCAAGGCAUGGAUCAGUUGAUGCCAGUGGGGAUUUGCUGACAGAAGGCUCACCCUUCUAAAAACAAAACUGGAAGUAUUGGUGUUUCUUUGUAGAUUGACAGAUUUUUUUUAAAUUAUUUUUUUAUAUCGACUCUGGUUGCUGUUGAGAUUAGCUUCACUUCUGGAGUGUCUGGGAUUUGGUUUUGGAGUGUUUGUAUGUGGGUGGAGGGAGGGUUAUUUUCAACUGUAGGACUAACAGGGCAGUUUGUACCACAUGAGAAGGAAUAUGUUGUAAUAAAUGCUAUUUAUUUCACCCCAAUCUUCAGCUUUCUGUUAGCUUCAAAUCUCUGCCCAGCUGCUACGCUUCUAUGAGCAGAGAUGGGGUAGUGUUGCUAAUAGUAGUUAACUCCUAAGGAAAACAAGUGAAUUUUUGGAUGAUCACUUCUAGUGAAUGAGGCAGGUAAAAAACAAGGCAAAAAUGAGAAUAGCAUAUAUAUAUAUAUAUAUUAUUUUUUUUGCUUUGUUUAAAUCAACAAGCUGUUUGCACUUUUAACUGCUUUCUGUCUACCAGUUUCUGGAGCUCGUCUUCCAUGGGGCCGGCUUUGACUUUCAUUAAUCUCAGUGUGGGGGGAAGGAAAAACAAACAAACAAAAAACUGUCGUGGAAUGCUCCAAUUUUUAUUGUUGUUUUUACCCAGAAUAGCACUACUGCCCAUUCUAUGCCUUUAUGGAACAGUGCAGUAGAAAUUAAUGUCAGUUUUCCAUGUGUGUUUUUUUUCUCACCAUCAUUCUUUCAUCCGGAAUAUACAUUGAGAGCAAUUUCUGUACUGUCAGGCUUCUGUAAUAUCUUUUAUUCCCCCUCUUGUUAAACUUUAUAGGACUUUCCCAUAAGGGUACCAAAGAAUGGAAGACAAACACAUUUCAGCUUCGUUAUGCAAAUGGAAUAUGUAUCCUGUGUUGGCAUUUAGCUGCUCUAGAAAUGCUACAGCUCGUUUCCAUACUGCUAGAUUGCUGCACUCCUGGCAUCUUUUGUAGGUGGUGCUUUCCAUGCUUCUCUAUGAACAAUGUAUAGAAUACAUGCUCUGAACAACAACUGUAUGGUGGCUGAGACCCGCUAUGACAUUUGUCUUCAUAAGGCAAAAGCAGUUCUUACUUGUUUGGAAGUGAAACUGCAUUAAAUGCAAUUCUUCCUUAAGCCAUUAUGUAUUAUGCAUAAUAUAAGGAGUCUACAUUGCUCCUAUAGAAAGUUAGCACACGGUUCCUUGUAUCUGUGAGAAAAGGACCUCAGAUACAUAUUUCAUACUGUUUUCUCAUUGAUCUUGCUGUUCUUUUCCUGCAUGUCUUCUGCGUACUCAUUAUUUUGUUAAUUCAGAAAUUGCCAUGGAACGAAUCCUCGAUUCUAUAAGUGAACAUUGUCUUUCUUUAUUAGACUUGAGUAAAGCUGCCAGAAUUUCCUCAGCAGACAUCUGUGUAUACAUGCACUGUGUUGUGGACCCCAGUGUAUUUGGUGUGACUUGGAAACACGAACUACUGCCUACACUGCAUGCAGGGGACCUGUGUAUGCACAGCAAAUUGACUCCAUCAAGAAAUCCAAUCUGGGACUGCUGUGUGGCCACACAUCCUAGGUUAAUGGGUAGUUCAUGCAUUCCUUCAGAGAAAAAAGAUCCUGAAACAAGUUUCUGAGAACACAAGCCUGCCUAGUAAAAGCUGGACGAGGAAUAGCCUUUUAGCCUUCAGUGAAUUGACAUGGUGGUUUCAGUAAUGAGCUUUACAAACACAACUUCUAGUUAUGCCAUGCUAUGGGUGAUUUCAGUUGUAUUAAUUGGCACAAAGUUGUAAAUGCAGUAUUUAUUACAGGUAUAAAUAAACAACUGAGCAGACUCAAACACCUUCACUUGAAUUAUAGAAACUCAUUGAUUACAUCUAACUGGGGCUGGUAUUUUAUUGAUGCUUCAUUGCAUUCUAGGCACUUGUUUUAUUUCAACCACUCUUCCUUUUAUUUAUUAAAAAAAAGAAAGGGAAAAAAAAAAAGACUAGAAGAAGUGAUUACUCUUGUCGUGAAGCCAGAAGUAAUACAUAGGCUUCCUACUACUACCUUCAUGGAAAGUCAUUUCCUUUGACCCUAAAUGACUGAGUUAGGAUUACUAAAAUUAGAAAUUAUGCCAUUUUCAUAGAUAUGUGAUCAGUCCCUUUUUUUUGUUGUUUGUUUUUUGUUUUUUCCUGUGAUGGAGAGUAAAGCCAAUAAUAGAAUGAUUGUGCUGCUCUCCUGCUGAUAUGGUGGUGAGCCAUCCAGGCAGCUGGAGACCUCCUGAAAGUGAUAGACUUACAUUUGUGAGAUAUACUUCAUUCACUUGAAAUCUCUUCACACUUCUGUAGAUGAAAGAUUUAACAAAAUACAUCAAAUAGCAAAGGCUGGCUGUACCACCUUUCCAAGUUUUUCUGCACGUAUUUACCUUCUAAUUAAACAGAUGAGUUUUCUGGAGGAAAUUACAUCAAUUUUCCCACUUAUAGACAGACUUCUAUAGUAACGCUGACUUACGUUGCCUUGUGUCUGAGUGGAUUCUGUGAGAACAGCUGUUAUCUUGGCAUGGAGAGCUUUGACAGUAAACCUGAGGCACAGCUGGAUUAUCAGGUUAAGUUGUGCAAUCUGACAGUGAGCUCGCACACAGCCGUAGAAUGCAGUUUGUAUUAAUAAUUAAAUUAUAAAUUGGUGCGAUAAAAUCUAAUUGAUGGUUUUAGUUCCAGUCGAUGCUAAAACAGUGUUAGUUUUUUAGUUAGUUGCAUAGUCCUCUUUUUUCAUUUUUUUCUUUAAUUUUAAGUGCUGAUCUCUUCCAUGAGUGCUAGCAAUAAGAGGCAAGCUGUCACGCUGCAUGGCUGACCUGUGCUUCUCUCCUGUGCUGCUGCUUGUGAGCAGAACACCUUAACCACAGAUUUCUUCACCCAAACUUUAUUUUAAUUAAAAUAAAGUCAUUGAGACUUAGAUGCAGCAGAUCUGGUUUCACCUGCACUGUAAAGAAAGAGCUUUAUGAAAUUCUGUAUUUAGACAGUCUUUCAAUGAAUCCUGCUUGGUGCUGAAGUUUUGCUGGUGUUUUGAUUAGUGACAGACAGCAGUUGUACUGAAAUGCAGUGCUUAGGAAUGGAGGACACAUUCACAAGCUUUUAAAAAAUACACGUAAAUUAAUUGCAGUUUUUCUUCUGCAUACCAGCCCCACUGGAACUGUAUGCACUUAGGGCAGUGCUUUCCUGUCCCCUGAGCCCUACAUUAGGUGAAAGCAAAACAGGGGCUGAGCUUGUAUUGUCAGCUUCGCAGCCUGACUUGUAAGUGGUGCAGCAUGUCCUCAAGCUCUGGUGGUCUGGGGCUUAGUCCAAAGCAGCUGAAAAUCUUGAGGCUACAGCAAGGUGGUAGCUCAGUCAAGUCGCUGUUCUGAGAUGCUUUGUUAAAUAAAUGUGGUCAGAAUGAAUCUGCUUUGUUUAAACAAAGCAGGAUUAAAAUGAUGGGUAAUACUUUAAAAAUAAUAACAGUUAAGAAAACGGAGCUAUUAUGUUGACUUACUCAUCCAGGUGUCAUGCAAAUUGCUUAUGAAGAGUGGAAUUUCCUAAGGUCUAAAGCAACCCUCACAUAGAAGUGCCUGUAUUCUGUUAUUGCCAUUCUUGAGCUUUUUAAGAGAGUCACAGCCAUAUAUUUUAUAAAUGUGAGCAUAUUUCAAUCUUUAAACUUGCAGAACAAAGGUUUACAGAGCAGAAGUGUAGCAAAACCAAUGUACAAGCUUCUGUAAUUCCCUGGUGGGGGAUGGAGAAGUACAAAAAUGGGGAGGAACAGACUAUCUGUAUAAGAUGUCUUAAUUUGGCACCAUAUUCUCGUCCAAUUUAGUUCCAUCAAGCUACGUGGUUAUAAGAGUGCCAGAAAUAUAUCUCUCAAGCCAUUCUAAAUAAAAAGCUCUUUGUUGACCUGUAUAUUCCAUUUGUUUGUAAAACAUCAUUUUUGUGCACUGUAACGAACUUGAAAUGAAACUUUCAUACCACUGAACAGAGCACUGUUCAGCUACCUCAACGUAAGGUUGAAGUACUUUGUUUUCUUUCCAGAUUUGUUCACAUUGUCAUAUAAAAUAUUUAAAAAAUUCAUAGUCCAAAGAUCCUGUAUUUGUUUGUAGAUGUACUUACAAUUAUGUUGUACCAACAAAGUCUGUGUGAAGCGUUGUUUGCUAAUUAAAAUUUUUGUGUUCUUUACUCUUUGGCUUGCAUAAGAAAGAACAUCAGGUGUGAACCACUGUGACACACGAGCUGCUUUUUUAGGUGCUUGAGAAAAAGGAAUGAAGAACAAAUCCUAGGUCCUGCAGCCACACAGCACAAUCUGAUGUGAAGGGAGGAACCCACAGGAAGGAAGGCGGUUGCCCAAAACUCAGCCUUUGUAAGGGACCUCCCUUUCAGUCUUUGCUGUAGAAGUGAAAGGGCAAUGGGAAGUGCUGAGAGCCUGGCUUCCAGCACUGUGCUUCAGUGCCUCCUGUGCUGCUUGCUUUAGUGAGUUGUCUCUGUUUCUGUGAUUAAAAAUAAUAGCCAGGCUGCUUUCCACAUGCAGCCUCAGCCAGGAAAAGUGAGCUCUAGCUUCUUGUUAAGCUGUGCCUGUGAACCCAUGAAAACAUGAGGUUCAGCUAGAAGUUCCAUAGCACUUUUGAAGGCCACAGCUUACAAAAAAAAGCUGAAAAAGAGGACUUUCAUUCAUAAACCCAAGAUUGAGAGAACAGUUCCACAGUGUAUCCCACUGAAAAUGUGGAAGAGUCACCAAAGUUUAGCUUUUAGAGAUAUGCAAUGGCUGCUCCUUCACCUCGUCACCAAACAAGCUGUGUGCUGUGGCUGUUCUGCUCCAAUCCUGUCACUUGUAGCACCAGAGAUCACCUCGCUGCUCUCUUAUGUAAGCUUGCUCAGGUCCUGCAUUUAUUUUAGAAUCCGGGGCACAGCCUGAAGGCUGAAUUUAGUAAGCCAACAGCUAAUUAUGUCAGGGCUGCAGUUUCCUAUAACAAAAAUUUGAAUCUGAGCAGGGAACUAUUUUGGUUGAAGUGCUUUUCCAUCAAGAAACAGCCAAAGCUGAAGCUUUGCUUGGGAACACGGCAGAUAAAUUAUUCCUUUCAGUUCUCAGUUUUAAUUCUGAAAGCCUUAAUUGAGAAUGGCUUUUUGUUGUAGUUUAAAGCAGAAAAUAAAUAAAACAAAUCUAGCGUAGCAAAUGUAUUUCCCAACUCUAUUUGUUCAGCACACUUUAGAAGAGAUUUAUUCAGCGGACUCGUGAAGUAUUCUGAAGUCAAUUACUUAAUGUCUCACUUU